AUGUUCGCCGCCCGCUCUGUCGCCCGCGCCGCCCCGCGCCAGGCCCUUGCCCGCGCUCCUGCCCGCGCCGGCCGCCGCAACUACAGCUCCGAGAGCCCCAAGCAAUUUGCCGGUGCCGAGGACAAUGAGUUCAACCGUGAGCGUGCUCACAUUCAGCAGCACGCUGGCGAGUCUGGCGAGUUCUGGCGCAAGCUUUCGCUCUACGUCGCCGUCCCCUGCAUCAUCGUCGCCAGCGUCAACGCAAAGGUGAGGUGGGAUGCCCACUGGGAGCACGUAGCCCACGAGGAGCACGAGCACCCCCGCUCUGAGAGGCCCGAGUACCCUUACCAGAACAUUCGCACCAAGAACUUCUGGUGGGGAGACGGUGACAAGACUGCCUUCUGGAACGACAAGGUCAACUAUCACAAGAAGGACGAGUAAGCGCUUUGCACGUCAGCGCUUCUAUACAAGUGAUAUCACAUAUACCAUUCCCGAGCCCAAAACACCUCAUCUAGAAAGUAAACUGCCAGGGCUGAAUGCGUGUAGAUAGUACGACGAGAGCAAACAUGCUGAGAGAGAGACAGUAGACCAACAAAUGCAUUUUUUCCCUUUUGUA